CCUCCAAUCUGCCCUCACGCAACCAACGCCGAGCAUGUCGUUUGUCCCCGUCAACCCCAAGCCCUUUUUGAUGGGCCUGACCGGAAAGCCCGUCAUGAUCAAGCUGAAAUGGGGACAGGAAUACAAGGGAUACCUCGUAUCCGUCGACUCAUACAUGAACAUCCAGCUGGCCAAGUCUGAGGAAUAUGUCGACGGAGUCCAGACGGGCGUUUUGGGAGAAGUUUUGAUCAGAUGCAACAACGUACUAUACAUCCGUGCGAUAGACGAAGAGGAAUGAAAGCACUGAUCCUGAUAUCGUUUUUUUGGCCCUUACCAAUCCCAUCCAAUAAACGACCGCAAUCCCAACAA